UGACCCCUUCUGCGCGUGCAGUAUCAUCGUACAGGCUGUUGCGUCCUCCUCAGAGAAAAUCGGUGCUCUACGUUAUCAACACUUGAACAUACCGGCUGUUUCCGAUCCGCAAUCUGUGUAAUGCCACUCAUUAAUUUGCCAUCCCGGAGAUGUUAUAUUGUCUCUCACACCAUAAACGCGCCUGAACGGAGAGGGAUACGGAAUUGCAGCCGCAACAAAUGAUAAUGUGACAGCCAUCCCUUUAGAUAAAAGCUCGCUUUGCAGUGGUCGGUGGAUUUCUACUAACGAUACAAAGGUUCGUACAACCCCGGCCAGAUCGACACAGACAGUAGUAGUGUGCACUAGCCUACUAAGAGACAGCAGGCAUUUGGAAUAAUAACCCUGCAUCCUGCUUUUCAAACAUUUUGGGAGAAAGAGGGUCAGGCUUUAAAGAAACAUUGUACAGCCGAGUGUCUGCAACCCAUGAGCAGUGCAUCAGGAGAAGCAGCAGUCCAAACACUCUGUGGCCUCUCCUCUGCUCUCUUCUAAUGGUUUGAUGGAGAUCUGGUCGGAUGACAGCUGGAACUGUUGUCAUAACCGGAGGAAUUCUCGCAACAGUGAUACUCCUGUGUAUCAUUGCAGUGCUUUGUUACUGUAGACUCCAGUAUUAUUGUUGUAAGAGGAAUGAGUCAGAAGGGGAGGAGGGCUCAGUUGGUGAUCCUCAGCCACAGUUUGCCUGCAACGCAUGCAGUGCGCCAGGGGUGGACGGGGCGGCCGUCACUCCUCUCUCGCUGCCCUACGAUCCCAUUCCGUCGCACAACUACUGCCCCACCUGCUCACCCCACUACCUCCGUGGCAUGGAUGAGAUGCGUAACGGUGGUGAACGCCUGUCCUAUAUGCCAACUCUCUACGAGAACCAUGGCGCCACUGCCCUUGGUCUGGCCGCCAUGUACGGCCCCGUGCUGAGCCAUCGCAGCACACCAGACUUUUACACCAACACUCGAGCUAUCAGCACUGAUGUCUGACCCACACAGACUCAUGGACCAGAGAACAGAGCUCCCUGAGUGGACCAGGCCUCAGCAGGUCAUCUUUUGAGCACCUGGGGCCGUGCCUAGAUCUCCAAGGAGCCAAGAGUCAAAAGACCUAUAGGAUUUUAUUCUUACAUACAGGUCUGAUUUACACAUAUGAGGCCAUCUUUAGUCUUCCAUUUAUUUAGUUUCUCUGCUGUUUACCUCUUCCUCUUGCACACCCUAUCCUCUCUUUGCUGUGAUGUUUUCAAGUAAGAACAGUGAGGGCUAUGUGUUAUACUGUAUGAUAUCAAGUGUUAGUGGUUUCUAUAUGAUUUUUUAAUGUAAGUCUGUAAGGUUAAGAUUCAAACAGCAUAUUGUAGUUACCUGAAACAAGUCAGAUAAAGCAUAAAUUUAGUCAAUUUAGAAAAACAGAGCUGGAACAGCUCGAGAAAGCCAUUGUAGGUUCACCUCAACACUAGUAUAUAUGGUAAACACUCCACACUGUUGGUACCUUUAAAGAAUACCUUUUAAUGGCUUUUGAAAAUGCUUCUAUGUAAAUUUGCUUAGUUACAUGAUUAUAUCGUGAAAAUAUCCCCUAUGAUAUGCCAAAACUCUUUAUUUGAAACAUUUAACUAAGGAUAGGAAAUUAACCAAACAUGUGAUUUGUUUUUUAUAUGAGUUAAUUGGUUAGAAAUAUGUAAAAUUAACAAUUACUGAUUUGUCCCUUUGGUGUUGCAUAUUGGUCUAUUCAGAUUUAAAUAUAUGUAUCACAAUAACUUAAAUUCACAAAUGCACAGAGAUAUAUUUUGAAAUUUGUUGUAUGGUCAAAUAAGAAUAAGGAUUUAAUAAUAUAUGGUCUAUUCUCACUUUUCACUUUGUUGUCCAUUCACACCAGACUACACAAUUACAGUUAAGGGCUUUUAAAGCAUUAAUUGUGAUAUGUAUCUGUAACAGUGAAAUCUAUUUUACAGUAUAAACCAACACCUUUAUACACACCUUUUUGAAACACAUUUUGAAACUGUGUCAUUAAUCAAAUUAAUUGGAGCAAAUGACUGGGAAAAAAUAUUUUUAACAAGUUAUAUGCCCUGUAAUAUUAUAAUACUUAUGACAAAAUGAUCCUUAUAAGAACAUUCCAUUUCCUUGUCUUUGCACAUGUUUAUUUUAUGUCUUGUUUGAAUAACCAUUGGUUUAUGAAUCGAGCAUUUAUUCUGAAUAUCUUAUGUCUGGAUUCAUGCUGUCUCAGGCACUCUUGUUAGUUACUGGAUCACGCUAUGAAUCACAGGAUGGCACUUCUAUUUUAAAUGUGAAUACAUUUUGGCAAAAAUGAAAAUAUAUUGAAGUAUAUUAAUCUGUGGUUUGAAAUAUUGAGAAAAAAUAAAGAUUAUCCUAAGGUCCACAUAUUUCACAGAAUGCUAUCAAUCUAAAUGAAGCAUUUAUAAAUGCCUGUAGACUUUUGUAAAAUUGGUCAAUUGUGAUCAGAGUAAUAAAACCUAUUUCACAUCUAUGUAAAUACGUGUACAUAAAGAUCAAA